GUUUGAGCUUUUGCAAUACUGGCACCAUUUUUACCUCUUCUGAAGAAUCUUACGUUUCUCCAAAGGUCUGGGACUGUUGUACGGGAUCGUUAAUAUACACUUCAUCCGUGUUAACAGCAUAUCCUCUUCUCAGUUUAUUCAUCGACCCAGAGAGUAGGCAGCUUGUGACCGGCUGUGCCGAUGGCCAGCUUUGGGUCUUCAGUUUGGCUGAGAGACACCACUACCGGCGUGUGGCCUGCGUGGACCUGAGGAAGAGGAGAACAAGCUUCUCUGCUAGGAGGGUGAGGGCUGGGCUGUGCCGCCAGCCAGACGAGAGUCAUCUGCCCUCUACACACGGACUGGAGCAGGAAAGGGCCGACGCCGCGUUUCCUGUGCUGACACUCGGGCCCUGUGACCUUUCUCUCAUCCCGGACUCUGAGUGUGAAUUUCUUUCUGCUGAGAAUACUAACUGCCUGUGGAUUGGAAGCUCAGCUGGUUUAUUCGUAUUUAACUUGGCAAGCUUUGAAUUGGAAGCUGUUUUACAUUACAAGGAUUUUGGGGGCCUCAGCAUUCAUGUCGCUGGAUCGUGCAUCGUGAUGAGCAAAACUGUUAAUCGUAAGGCGCUGUGCCUGCUCACGUCCAUGUUUGGGAAGAAGAUCGCCGUGCUAGAAAUCAACCCGGCCCUGCUGCUCGCGUCUCAGCGGAGCCCCGGUGCGAGGCAGUGUCUCUCGGUGCUGGCCAGCUCCUGUGUGCUACCAACCUCUCCACUGUAUUUUGGAAUUGAUGAGAAAAAAAGUACUAAACCUGCCAGUCAGAAACGAUCCGCCGCGAGGAGCAGCGUCCAGGACCGGCCCCUGGUUUUCCACAGUGCAGUGAGGUCGUCUGGCUACAUGUCGGCGCCGCAUGCUACUAUGUUUUCCCCAAAGACUAACAUCAAGAAUGAUGGUAAAAGAUCUUCAAAAUGCAAGAACAGUUUCAAACGGGCGGAGUACGCUUUGGAGGAUCCUCUGCCCACCAAGCUCGGCAGGCAGGUCGCUGCCGCCCCUCGCCCGGCCGCCGUGUGCUGCGUCCAGUACUCAGGAGAUGGACGGCGGUUGGCCUGUGGCCUAGCCAACCACCUGUCACUUGUCUUUGACGCCAGUCUUACAGGAACACCUGCUGUUUUUUCAGGUCACGAUGGGGCCGUGAACUCCGUCUGCUGGAGCCACGACCAGAGGUGGCUGCUGUCUGCUGCCCAGGACAGGACGCUGCGGGUGUGGUCAGUUCGCAGGACGGAGCUCGCGCUGUUUCUGGGCAAAGACAUGUUUUCUAAGCCUAUACAAUCUGCACAGUUUUACUAUAUGGAUGGUUUUAUACUGUUGUCUUCUGGCUCUGAAUGUCAGCUGCUGAAGUAUCACAUUGACACUUGCAAAGACGAGAUAAAAAGAUACAAGCAGAAGAGUUGGUCCAAGCCAGUUUGCAGGCUGUCUAUGACUGGCGGGGUGGACGUGACCAGUUUAUCGGCAGUGAACGACUUUUAUUCUCACAUUGUGCUCACGGCUGGCCGGAACAGGACUUUGGAAGUGUUCGACCUCAACGUUGGCUGCAGUGCAGCGGUGAUAGCGGAAGCCCAUUCUCGGCCUGUCCAUCAAAUCUGCCAAAAUAAAGGCUCAUCGUUUGUGACCCAACAAUCCCAGGCUUAUAAUCUUUUCCUAACCUCUGCGGUUGGCGACGGGCUGCGGCUGUGGGACCUGAGAACUCUGAGGUGCGAGCGCCAGUUUGAGGGGCACCCAAGCCGCUGCUAUCCGUGUGGAGCUGCCUUCAGCCCCUGUGGACGGUUCGUGGCGUGUGGUGCUGAGGAUAGACAUGCUUACGUGUACGAGAUGGGCUCAAGCACCUUUUCCCACCGACUGGCGGGGCACACAGACACCGUCACUGGAGUGGCCUUCAACCCCGCUGCAGCCCAGGUACAGUCCCACUGUGUGCACGGGGCCUCUCUGCUGCACACAGGGCUUGCUGCUGGGAUGUACGUCUUGAUCAUGCUGCACUGGUUCCAAUGGUGA